UUUCUUUUCUAAUGUCUCUAAAAUACACUCAUUUCCCGGCUAUAUGAUAGGAAGUUGGGUAAUUUAGUUCUCUUACAGCUGGGCCAAUGGCUUAGCUGGCGACUCAGCGCUUAUUUGUGUCUGUGAUCGAACAGGUUACACACUCAGCCCCCAAUCCAUGUUUUUCUUCCUAUUUCCAUUUCACAUACAGGUCGAAGCGCCAUGGUAUUCAAAGAAAGCCUGGUUCAUCUGAUGACUAGAAAACACAGGAAAAUCUCCUGUUUGUAUUCAUGACACGUGACAACUACACCCUGAAGGCCCUCACGUGACACCCCCUCGGCGCGUGUGGCUGACGUGUCCUCAGGCCGCGCGACUGGCCGCGACAUUACCACCAAGCUUAAAAAAACAACGCUAUUCUUUCCAAACCCCUGACCCAGCCGCAACACUCCUGUUUUCCCACCCCUAAAAUGGCGAAAAAAUCAACGCUGAAGGCUCCUCAGCCCACGCCCCCACAGAAGCCUUCAUUGUGGGACGUUGAUCCCGUGGCAGAGCCCCGUUUUGAGCAGGGUGUCGCGAGACCAUAUCUUGUGACCGAGGUCCCACCCUCUGUGACCGCUUCACGCACCGUGACCGCGGCCGAGUGGCCGUUCUUGGCUGUGUUGUUUGUUGCUGGAAUCUGGGUGCGCUUGAGCAACAUUUCCGUGCCCAGGUCUGUUGUCUUUGACGAGGUGCACUUUGGCAAAUUCUCCAAGUUCUACGUGCUCGGCAACUUUUUCAUGGACGUGCACCCGCCAUUGGCCAAGAUGCUCUUUGCAGCCGUGCUGUACUUGGGUGGGUUCAAGGGUGACUUUGACUUCACAACCAUUGGCGACGUGUACCCGGAGAACGUGCCCUACGUGUUGAUGCGCCUGUUUGCGGCCGUGCUCGGCUUGCUUACUGUGUUCCUCUGUUACUUGACGUUGCGGUCGCUGGGUGUGCGCCCUGCUGUGGCGUUUGUGACUGCCGCUUGUCUUCUUGUGGAAAACUCGUUCGUCACGAUCUCCAAGUACAUCUUGCUCGACGCGCCGUUGGUCUUCUUCGUCGCAUCUGCCGUCUACGCAUUCAAGAAAUUUGAGGUUCAGCGUCCGUUCUCCUGGGGCUGGUAUCGCGCCCUUCUUUCCUGUCUGGUCUCUCUCGGCUUGGCCUUGCUGUCCAAAUGGGUUGGCUUGUUCACCGUUGCCUGGGUCGGCGUCUUAUGCGUGAUACAAAUGUGGUUCCUCAUCGGCGAUUUGCUGGUUAAGACCAGCCUGAUUGUUCGUAAUGCCAUUACCCGGGCUUCGUUUUUGCUCGGUGUACCGCUUGUCUUGUAUUUAGCGUUCUUCAGCGUUCACUUCUCGAUUUUGUCCCGGGACGCCGAGGGCUCUGCAUUUAUGUCCAGCGCGUUCCGUAAAGGAUUGUCUGGCUCUACAGUGCCAGAGUCCACUACAGGACCCGUUGGAUACGGCUCCGUGGUCACCAUCCGCCACAUCAACACCAAAGGUGGUUACUUGCACUCGCACGAACAUUAUUAUCCCGCAGGCUCUAAGCAGCAGCAAAUCACCUUGUACCCACAUCUUGAUCCAAACAACGACUGGUUGAUUGAACCUUACAACAUGUCUAUCCCUGACGAGUUCGUGCCCAUCAAGAACGGCGACAAGAUAAGGUUGCAGCACGUUAGAACUGGGUUGAGAUUGCACUCGCACGACGAGAAGCCCCCGGUGUCUGACCGCGACUGGCAGAAGGAGGCUUCGUGCUAUGGCUACAAAGGCUUUGCCGGUGACCCCAACGAUGACUGGAUUGUUGAAAUUGUGCAACAUAAAUCCACUGAGAACGCCAAGGAGAACUUGAGGGCCAUAGACUCUGUAUUCCGCUUGAAACAUGCUAUGUCUGGCCACUAUUUGUUUUCCAGCGAUGUCAAGUUGCCCGAGGAAUGGGGUUUCCGUCAACAGGAGGUCACCAGUGCUGGGCAAGGCGCGAGACCUUUGACCCAUUGGUACAUUGAGUCGAACAACAACGAAAAAUUCGUUGGCAGAGACAGGGCCUUUUACGCUAAAUUGACGUUUUUGCAAAAGUUCAUUGAAGCACACAAAGUCAUGUGGAAGGUCAACAACGCUUUGACUUCGUACCACGACUAUCAAUCUAGUCCAUACGAAUGGCCGCUUUUGUUGCGUGGCAUCAACUACUGGGCAAGAGACCAUACUCAAGUCUACUUCAUUGGUAAUCCUGUUGUCUGGUGGACUGCUUCUGCGUGUUUGUUUGGUUUCCUUGUUCACGUCUCCAUUACACUUCUCAAAUGGCAGAGUGGCUCAAACUUGAACUUCCAAAAAGCUGCGUUUAACUACAACUACCAGAUGUUCACAUAUUUUGUUGGUUGGGCCAUUCAUUAUUUCCCUUUCUUUGUCAUGGGAAGACAACUCUUCUUGCACCACUACUUGCCUGCUCAUUAUUUCGCAAUUUUGGGUCUUGGUCACUUCUUUGACCUCUUGGUAACACUGUCCCAAAGAUACAGAAAGUACGCUUAUACUUUCUUAGUUUUGUUCUUGACUGUCACGGCAGUCGCUUAUCACACCUUUUCUCCAUUGACUUCGGGAACGGUUUGGACUAAACUGAAAUGCCUUUCGUCGAAGCUUGUUGGUACUUGGGACUAUGACUGCAACACGCACUUCCGCUCCGAGAAAGAUUAUGAGAGAUUCCUCUUGAGCUCUACCAGUAAGGAUGUAACACCAACUACUUCUGCUAGUGUGAUCAACGAAGCUAAGGAAACUCCCUUAGUUGUUGACUUGGAGCCAAAAAUGCAGCCUCCAAGCAACAGCGUUCACGAAGAGCCUCCCGCACCCGAAACUCAUCUUGGCGAGUGGCCAUUCAAACGUAGUGCUGCACAGGAAGAAGCUCCGCAAGGCGAGCUCUUCGAUGAGGCUACAACAGGAAAAGAUGGAGAUGCUGCUCCUCAAGCAAACAUCGCUGAAACCGUGGACGAACCAGCUGCGCUCGAUAAUGCUGAAUCCGCUGCAGAACAAGAACCAACAGAGGCAGAAUCUAUUGCUCAACAAGAAGAAGCAGAGGUGGAAUCCAUUGCUCAACAAGUACCUUCUGAGGCUGCGCCCAUCGCUGAAGAAGGCGAUGCCCCUAUUAAACCUCAAUCCGUUGCGCAUGAAGAUCCCAUUGCAAGAGCGGAGCCUGAGGCAGAAUCCCUUCCAGAGCACGUGCAAAUUGAGCACGAAACGCCAAUUCCAGACUCUCAACCAGAGGCCAACCCACAAGGUGCUAAGGAACAGCAAGAGGAACAGGAUUAAACAACGCGCUCACAUCCAACUGAGCAGCAAUACCUAGGUGGCGACUAGUUUCGUCCCCUGAGAUACAUAGAGUCUUUAGAAAUUACUACGAAAGGCCAAAAAAUGUCAGGUUCGUCGCCGGGUGAUCCUGUAAAGUCACGAUUGCUCAGCGUUUUUAAGAUGUCGUACAGCUUUAUAUGUUCUUCUGAACUCGGCUGCACUUAGAAUUGGAGGUGAGUACUUUCAUUCGCUGACAUUCGAGAGAAAAGCUCAGCCUUUCAUCGUUUACUGAAGAACUUGAACAUUUUUAGCUCUCUGGUCCUCCAAAACCAAGGUGUUCGAUAACUUGUUUUGACCCCACAAAUUUAUUAGUAUACAGAGUGAGACUCCAAGCAUUAUACGUCAGUACAUCAAUAAAAUUUUUAUGCGAACA